AUGCUCCGCACCAUCUCCCUCUCAAAGUCCUUGACUUCCACCCUCACCAAGAUGGGUCCCCGUGCCAUGAGCACCACCUCCAUCCUCCCCCAGGUUCAGGAUGUCCCCUGUUCCAAGCUUGGAGGUCGCUACACCGUUACCUUGAUCCCUGGUGACGGUAUCGGACAGGAGACUUCCUCGGCUGUUAAGACUAUCUUCAAGGCCGCCAACGUCCCUGUCGACUGGGAGCAGUUCGAUGUCUCUGGCUACACCUCGGCUGACGACUUGACCUUCAAGCAGUCGGUCGAGUCCUUGAGACGCAACAAGGUCGGUCUUAAGGGUAUCCUCUACACCCCCGUCUCCUCCCUCGGCCACUCUUCCUUCAACGUCACCAUCCGCAAGGACCUCGACAUGUACGCUUCCCUCGUUCUCUGCAAGAACAUCCCCGGCUACCCCACCCGCCACGAGGGUGUCGACUUUGCCAUCAUCCGUGAGAACACCGAGGGAGAGUACUCUGGCCUCGAGCACCAGUCCUACCCCGGUGUCGUUGAGUCCCUCAAGGUCAUCACCCGCACCAAGUCUGAGCGCAUUGCCCGCUUCGCCUUUGACUUUGCCCUCCGCAACAACAGAAAGAAGGUCACCUGCAUCCACAAGGCCAACAUCAUGAAGUUGGCUGAUGGUCUCUUCCUCAACACCUGUCGCGAGGUCUCCAAGGAGUACGCCUCCUCUGGCAUCAAGUUUGACGACAUGAUCGUCGAUAACGCCUCCAUGCAGCUUGUCUCUAGGCCCCAGCAGUUCGACGUCAUGGUCAUGCCCAACUUGUACGGUAACAUUGUCUCCAACGUCGGUGCUGGUCUCGUCGGUGGUCCCGGUAUCGUUCCCGGAUGCAACAUUGGUCGCGAGUACGCCAUGUUCGAGCCCGGCUGCCGUCACGUCGGAAAGGAUAUCCAGGGACGCAACACUGCCAACCCCUCGGCCAUGAUCCUCUCGUCGGUUAUGAUGCUCCGUCACCUUGGUCUCGAUGAUCACGCCAACAAGAUUGCCAACGCUGUCUCCAAGACCAUCAUGGGCGGCGCUGUCAAGACCCCUGACAUGGGCGGUUCUUCCACCACCACCGAUUUCACCUUCGCUGUCAUCUCCAACCUGUAA